UAUGCUUUGAUUUUCUUUACUUUGUUUUUAUAUUCCACCCAGAACUAAGUUGAAAUUUUAGUUUCCGGUUUGGCUUUUUCUUAAAAUUUCUAGAUUUAACCACCAAAUUAUCAGUUUAAGGGUUUUAGAAACUGUAGUACCAGAUUUUACCAGCAAUGGGCGAUAUUCGUACGCUACGGUAUGACAUCCACUGGGACACUUUCGAGGGAAUGGCCAUCACUGACAUCAAUUCCAAGCGAGUACUACGACAUGGUCGUUGAGUUCAUGUGGAAUCAGUCGUUUUUGAAAAGUUUGGUUUUCGAGAGUCUUGGGCUUUUCGAUUUGGACGAUAUGAAGGAAAACUACUCCAUAUAUGUCCGUCACAUCCUGCGCAACGAGUGCUCCGUAAUGAUGAUCAGCAAGGACGAGACCCAGAUUAUAGCUGUGGGCCUUCUCGAAUGGAUGACCGAGGAAUGGCACUCCUGGGUUUUCUUCCCCUCCUCAUUGCCCCGGAAUCUCUUCCAGCAAAUUAUAAUGAUGAAGAAGGAACUAAUCGAUGCCACCAAGCAGAAACUGGAAAUCUCAGUUUAUGACUCUCUGAUGGUUCACGAACUGGCCUUCCCAGAUGAGCUUUACUUCAACAAGGACUUCCUCAUGGUCAUGUUCGACGUGUUCGGGGUGGUGGCCCAGCACAUGCACAUGCCCCGGGUGAGCUUCAUCGCUCUGAGCACCGUGGACCAGGAGGCGGCCAGCAUGAUCGAGUACGACGAGAUUGGCAGGACCAUCUACUCGAUCUACAAGGUGGGCAACACCCGCCCCUUCGACAUCCUGCGAGAGUUGGAUGAGAUGUACGCCUUGCUAUUCGAGCUGCCAGUUAGUCCGAUUGUGAAGUAUACAGAAAUGCCAGGAUUCGAGGAGUUCCACGAGGCCCUCGAGGCGAGGUUGGCCAAAGAGGCGGCCGAAAAGAACAGAGACGACGAUUUCUGACCAAUAUAUUGUUUUGUGGUCUUUUGUCAACAGUCCAAUAUACUUUUGUGAGAAUACUUUUUGGCUGUGCCCUUAAAAACCAAAA